AGUUGACGCAUGUUCAAUGUUCAUGAGAUUGAAGCACAAAAUUGCACAAAAUUGCAAAAUAAAAAUAAAGAGUACCCGCUUCUGCUAAUAAUGACUUCAGCAUCGUCUAGCAGUGCUCGAUCUCUAUUUGCAGAAUCUAAACAGCGUCUUGCUGAGAGAGUACAAGUUAAUAUGAACAACAUAACAUCACUUGCACGACAGAUUCAACGAGGAUCGAAAUCAAACGAACAUUUGAUGAAAGCAGCAAGAGACACAGCAUCGACAGAGCCGUUAAUGGAGAGUACAGAGGCAAACUUAAAGAAAAUGCAACUAAUUUCGGUGCACAUGGGAUACCAGUAUGAAAGUAUAUUGAAAUCGGCUCAAAUACUGUCAGAAGCAGGCGAACAAGCUGCUAAUUUGCAUAGAUGAAUUUGUGAUAAUAAGUAUGAUUAUUAUGAAAUAAAGGCUUAUAAUUUUUGUACUGAA